AUGAAGAAGACAAUUGUAAAAGCAUUACCAAAAGAUUUAGAUGUAAUAUUCGUGCAUGAACAUUCUCGAAUACCAAAAGUUUUACGACGACAUUUAAAUCAUCUAGAGGCACGUCGACGUUGUGAACAUGAUUCACAAUUGGCAAUCAUAUUUUACUAUAAAAAUGGAUAUUUUGCACAAAACGACGCCUCGUCAAUUGAACCCAAACCUGAUACACAGACAAGUACAGCAUCAUCUCUUUCUCAAACAACUACACAAUCUUCAUUAUUCAGCUCAAAUAAUUCAACAUUGGAUGGUUUGAACUUGAACGAACAUAAAAGAAAACGUGACAACUCAUUAGAACCUGCACCAAAAAAAAAAAUCAUUUACCCUCGCAGUGGCUAUCCAGAUGACCUUGGAAAUGUUUCUUCAUCAGAAACUGAUACAACAAAUGCUGCUUCUGGAGAAAAAAAUAGUCGUUUUCAAGCAAUAGAUUGUGAAACAUAUGAUUUCAUAGAAGAUGAUGCUGUUGGGUUUGAUUCAGAGAGCCCAAUAAUAUUGGAUUCCCCACAUAAACGUACAACACUUCCUACAUCAAAAACUGAUGUAAUAGCUAGCAUUUUCAAAGAAAUCAAUAAUAUUGUUGCAUCACAACAUCCAACAACAAGUGUUUGUACCAAUGAAAAUCGUAGUUGUUUUGAAACAGAUGAUUUUGAACAAUCAAGUGCAGAUCCUUAUGUAUCACCAGAUUAUGCAUGUGAUGGUUUAUCGAAAGAUGUCGAAGCUCGUUUGAUAUUACCUCAUAUAGCACUAACUGGACAUACAGAAGAUGAUGCUGCUAUAUUUGAUUCACAGAGUUCAAUAAUAUUGGAUUCUGCACAUAAAGGUACAACUCUUUCUACAUCAAAAACUGAUACAACAGCUAGCAUUUUGAAAGGUGACAAAAAUACUAUUUUGAACUAA